GCUUUUGACUUCUCGUUCCCCCAGAUCUUAGAGGAUUACCUGCUGGUGGAAGAUGCACCUCUGCUGGAGGAAAUGGCUGAGGAGGAUGAAGAGCUUGACCUGUACAACGAGAUGACUUUUGGGUUAGAUCGAGACUCCACAGAAGAGGAUGCUGCAAAAACCCUAGUGCUUCCAGAGAAGAGCCCCGAGCUGGCUGCAGUGGUGGUGGAGGAGGAGGCCAAGGCUGUGAAGGAGCUGAGGCCUGAAGCAGAUGAGGGGCAGCUGCUGCUGGAGGAGGACCUAGGAGAGCCCCAGAGGGAAGAAGGGAUGGAGCUGGAGGCUGAGCAGGUCGACUAUGUGGAGGAAGAGGAGGAACUAGGGGCUGAGGAACAGGAGGAAGAACAGGAAGCUGAGGAGGAGCCCUACGAGGAGCCCAAUGACCUGGGAGACCCAGCAGUGAUGAGAGCUGUGCAGAGCAAGCCCACGCUGGAGAGCCAGGACUCGGCAGUGCUGGACAGCAGGAUUGGCUCUGCCUGGGCAGAGUUUGGCAAAGAGGACAUGCUGGCCAUGGAUCCUGCUGUGUGGAGCUCCUGCCCUGGCAGCAUCUCACCCCACCAUGUGCUGGAGGAUAAAGCCAUCCUGCAUGUUCUGGAGAGGCCCCCUCCCUCUGCCAACGUGGCCCUCGACUUCCUUGGCUCCCCUGUGCAGAGGGGAUAUGCGGGCUCUCCUAGGCUCAAGCGCCCUGACUUCAGAAUGAUGUCCCCCAAGUCCUUCCCCCAGCGCUUUCUCCGGCAGCAAUCUCCUCUGAUGGCUCGUUCCACGUGCCCCCCUCGGCCCUUUACGCCAGCUCGUCGUGCCUCUCCUCUCUUUGCUUCCAACCAGGCUGCAGGGUUUGCAUCUCCAGCCCCUUUCAGGCCUAUGUCACCCAGCAUCAGCACCCCGCCACGGCCUCUCACCAUGCACUUUGGCCCCAUGUCUCCAUCUUUGGACCCCUCUCUGUUCUUCAGUCCGUCGACCAGUGGCCAGCUGAACCUCAGCGUGCCCAGCCACAUGACCCAGCUGCACCCCCAGCACCAGCGGAUCCUGACGCAGCGCCAGCAGCAAGGCGGGCAGGCGCAGAGCAUCUCCCCCAGGAAGCUGUGGUCCCCUAAAGGGGAUCCUUAUGCCGGGCUCAUGACCAGCAAGGAAAAGGACUGGGUCAUCAAAGUGCAGAUGAUUCAGCUACAGAGUGAGAACAUGGAUGAUGAUUACUACUACCAGACUUAUUACCACCGGCUGGAGCGCAAGCAGGCAGAGGAGGAGCUGCUUGGUGGGCGCAACAAGCAGGAGCCCCCCAAGCUGGUCACACCGUUUAUCCAGAAAGUGGAGACUUAUGACUCAGUGGUGCGCAUUGCAGGUUCGUUGGGCCAGGUUGCUGUGUCCACCUGCUAUAGCCCUCGCCGCGCCAUCGAUGCUGUGCACCAUGCCCUUGUGGAGGAGGCUUCGGGGAGCCACCGGCUUCGAGCGCUGCACAGGAUUGAGAGGCUGUUUCUGCAGCUGCUGGAAGUAGAGGAGACACAGCGGAAGAUGUCUCUGGCCGCAGAGGAGCAGCAGCCCUGCUUUCAGGAGCAGAAGAGCCAGGAAGUGGGACGCAUCUAUCAGGCCCUGAAAAUCAGGGCCUGUAGCAGUGAAGAGGAGGCAGAGGAUGAGUUCUUGCAAGUCCUUUGUGUGCGGAAGGGCAAGAAGCUGACGGCCCGGCUGUUACCCCACCUGGCUGAGGAGCAGGCAGAGAAGAUCCUGUUGACCAUCACCCACCACCUGCCCUUCCUCAUGAAGAAGGACAUGCUGGAUGAGUCUCUCCCCCUGCUCUAUGGCCCUUUGAAUGAGAUUGUGGGCAGAACGACCUUUAGCAAGCUCAUCGAGGUCCUGCAGGAGAUGACCAGGCCUCUGCCAGAGUCCACCGAGCUCCCACUCACCAUGGCCUUGAAGAACCAGUUUGGGAUCUCUCUGCUCUACUCCUUGUUGAGUCAUGGCGAGAAGCUGCUGUCCUCCGACAUGCCACUGGAGCCGCACAGCAGGGACUUUGAGAAGUGGACUGACACGGUGUUUCUGGUUGCUCGGGAGCUGUCUCAAGUACCCAAAACCUCACUAGUGGAGCCUCUCUUCUUGCCCAGCAACCUUCUCUCACUCUUUUGCCGCUACCUGGACAAGCAGACCAUCCACCACCUGGAGGCCAAGAUGGAGUGCUCUCCACUGCCUUCGGAAGCUGCCAUGCCAUGCUGAAGCCCCAGGAGCGGGAUGAGAGCAGAGGCCAGCAGUGCCAGGAACGGGCAGAGGCCUGAUACAAUGACUUUGAGCUACGAAGCGAACACUACCCUGGUGCAGGGCACUUUGGGUUAUACUGGGCACUGGCGGGGCCGGUGCUUGAGGGCUGAUCAUAGCCUGCCCUAGUGCCUGGGAACACAGCAUGGGGACAUGGGUAACUUAUUUGGGCCUCACACCCCACAACAAUGAGUGCUGGGUGUGAGGUAGGUCUGCACAGGGGCGCUGGGAGCACCUGGGGGUGAGUGAGUUUGUGUACAGCACUUGAAAUAAAAUAAAA